GUGUGUGUGUGUUCCUUUUUAAAGCUUGUUUUCUUUUAUAUUUGGCGCUCGUACUACAACCAUAAUGGAAAACAGAAAAGAAAUGGUAAUGUUCAUGGAGGGAGGUCAACUUGGCACGCUAGUUGGCAAGAUAGGGCCCAAUUUGUCAGAAGCAGUUGGAAGCCCACUUCAAGAGCCACAGGAAAAGAUGGUCCACAGGAACUGUUUAAGCCCCAGGUCCCUGCCGUUAUCCCGAGAAAGAGGAGCCGGGGAGGAGGAGGAGGCGGAGGACGUCAGGAGCCGUGCCCGCACUGAUAUCAGGCCGGGUGGGGAGCUCUCUCCUCCGGCUAAAUCUCAGACAGACUUACUUUCUAACACAGGGCAUCACAGCAGUUCAGACACGGAGUCGGAUUUUUAUGAAGAAAUAGAUGUCAGCUGCACCACAGACUGCACAACGGGAAAUAUGGACUAUACCAGCAGCAAAGUUUCAGGGCAGACGGGUGACUCCAUCAGCAGUACUCACGGCAAUGGUGCUGAUGCAGGAAAGAUGAGCGGCUCUCAGAGUGCUGUGUCUUGUGGGGCUGAUCAGAUGCGAAGAUAUAGGACUGCAUUUACUCGGGAGCAAAUUGCUCGGCUUGAAAAGGAAUUCUAUCGAGAAAAUUAUGUUUCCAGACCAAGGAGAUGUGAGCUAGCUGCUGCCUUAAAUCUACCAGAGACCACCAUUAAGGUCUGGUUUCAGAACCGCAGAAUGAAGGACAAGCGGCAGAGACUUGCUAUGACCUGGCCUCACCCGGCGGAUCCAGCAUUUUACACUUACAUGAUGAGCCACGCAGCAGCAACUGGCAACCUGCCCUACCCGUUUCCAUCCCACCUGCCCCUUCCUUAUUAUUCACACAUGGGUGUGGCAGCCAACUCGGCCUCACCCGCUCCAUUCAGCGCCCCUCUGAGACCUCUGGAUACCUUUAGGGUGCUGUCCCACCCUUAUCCAAGGCCCGAACUGCUGUGCGCGUUCAGGCACCCCUCUCUAUACCCGUCAGCAUCCCACGGACUUAGCGGAGCAGGGGGGAGCGCCUGUUCAUGCCUGGCAUGUCAUGCUACCCAACCUAAUGGCUUGUCCCAGAGGUCAUCAGGAUCAGAAUUCACCUGUUCGUCCACCAGCAGGACAGAGAGCUUUCUAACCUUUACACCGUCCGUGUUAAGUAAAGCCUCAGCGGUUUCUUUGGAUCAGAGAGAGGAAGUACCUUUAACCAGAUAAAUCCUGGUAUCCUCAAGACCGAAAGGAAUUCAAACGAGUGAAGCCUUUAUAUUAAUUUAAAAUAACGAGACAUGGGCGUAUGUCAAAGUGGAACCUUUACCAAACAAACAUAUAAACAAAUGAGAUCUCUGCCCGGAGGAAUGUAUUAAGAAAAAAUAUUAAAGCAAACAUUAUUCUCAGGCUUGUAUACUGUGUUGCACCCGCAAGAAGGAAUAUCUUAGAAGCAAUUUCUCCUUGUAUCCGUUUA